GUACAGUCAAUUGUUGUUAGCUCUUAUAGACAGCACAGAAAUCAUGAGCGUUAUUCUCUGUACAGCGGGGUAUGACCAUACCAUCCGAUUCUGGGAAGCCCUUUCAGGAAUUUGUUCUCGCACCCUUCAACACCCCGAUUCCCAAGUCAACCGUCUCUGCAUCACCCCCGACAAACGCUACCUCGCCGCGGCAGGCCACACAAAUGUCAAACUCUUCGAUAUCAAAUCCUCCAACCCGAAUCCCGUAAUGACAUUUGAAGGACACACAAAUAAUAUCACGGGAGUGGCAUUCCACUGCGAAGGGAAAUGGAUGGUUACCAGUUCGGAGGACGGCACUGUUAAAGUCUGGGAUACGCGAUCGGGUAGUUUGCAGCGAAACUAUGUGCACAAGGCUCCCGUAAAUGAUGUGGUUAUACAUCCGAAUCAGGGGGAAUUGAUUAGUGGUGAUCGUGCGGGGACGGUGAGGGUUUGGGAUUUGGGCGAAAGCGUGUGUACGCAUCAAUUGAUUCCGGAGGAUGAUGUUGCUGUGUCUAGUGUGAGUGUUGCGAGUGAUGGUUCGUUGUUGUGUGCUGGUAACAAAAGGGGCAACGUGUAUAUCUGGCGCAUGAUUCAAGACACCGAAGUGACUCGCAUUGUACCUAUUGCAAUGUUCCAAGCUCACAGAGACUAUCUUACACGAGUAUUACUAUCGCCAGAUGUCAAACACCUGGCAACCUGUUCAGCAGAUCAUACAGCCAAAAUCUGGAAUCUGGACCAAGCCUAUCCUCCUGCCGUAGCUGCCGCAGCAGAGGCAGCCGCUUCUCGUCCCUCCAAUACCAACACCACAAACACCAACGGAGCAGCUACUCCAUCGCCCAACCCUCCUUCUAACGGAGUAUCAAGCAACGGCGUCACCGCCAGCCCUCAACCACAACCCUCACGAAGCACAUCCACCGACCAAGCAGCCAGCGACUUUAGCAUGGUCAGCAGCAACCACAACCUCACCCUCCUCCCUUCUAUUCAAAACCAACAACAACAACAGCAACAACCAAACCCAUUCCCCACACAACCCGACGGACCACCUAUCGACCCAUCAACCGGCACCCCAUUCCUAGAAACCACAUUAUCAGGCCAUCAACGCUGGGUAUGGGACUGUGCCUUCUCGGCCGAUUCGGCGUAUUUGGUUACUGUGUCAAGCGAUCAUUACGCGCGACUAUGGGAGUUGGCUUCGGGGACGAUCAUUAGGCAGUAUAGUGGACAUCAUCGGGGCGCGGUUUGUGUUGCUUUGAAUGAUUAUUCGGAGCCUCGUUAGACUUUCCCCCCGAUUGCUUGGUUGUGGGUUGUUUAUUUGAUCUGCUGGGUUGGCAUUAGCAUGGAGUAUGGCGUAUCCGAGUUUGCUUUGUUGUAUGAUGCGGAACUGUGGAUAUAUAGGAAUUAAUAUCACGAUUUAUGAAGG